CACAAAUAUCAAAGAUCUCAUAUUUCAAAGACCUUUACAAAGACUACGUAACACAAAAAAAUGGGAGCGUGCGUAUCACGUGAAAGUAUGAGUGGAGAUUCAGCGAAGCUAAUAUUGUUGGACGGGACUUUACAAGAGUUCUCAUCUCCGAUCAAAGUUUGGCAGAUCUUGCAGAAACACCCGACGAGUUUCGUCUGCAACUCUGACGAAAUGGACUUCGACGACGCCGUUUCAGCUCUCUCCGGCAACGAGGAGCUUAGACCAGGGCAGCUUUACUUCGUUCUACCGCUGACGUGGCUCAAUCAUCCGCUAAAGGCGGAGGAAAUGGCAGCGUUGGCUGUUAAAGCGAGCUCAGCGUUGACCAAGAGCGGCGGAGUCGGUUGGGUUUCCGGCGGCGGCGUUGACCAAGAAUAUGCAAAAUCGAAAAGAAUCGUCGAAGCAAAGACAAAUGUCAGUGGUGGUGGGAAAGGGAAAAGAAGCUUUACGCGGAAUUUGAGCACCAUCGCCGAGUAGCUUGUGUCUCUCAAUUAGUUAGUUUGAGGAGAAAAAUUCGACGGACGUAUAAAUUGUAAAUACUAAAUAGAGACGUUUUCA